GUGGAUUCGACAUUGGUCGAUCGUGGUGCCCGGCUGACGUCUCUCGCGCAGCCAGCGAUCAGUUGUAUACUGACUUUGGAAACUUAAACUGUGCUCGUAUCCCACAAACUGUUUAAAUACGAUAUUAUAUUGACGUGGGUUAUCAUUUUACUAGAGUUUCUUAUCAAAUUUAGACGCAGUGCUAACGUUAGUCAAUUAUGUAAGUGCUGAAAGUUGUACAGAUUAUUAGUCACCUGAUCCAAACAAGCAAACGUGAUGAGAGUAGAGGAUACAAGAACAGAAGCAGAAGGCACCCGUGGCUGGGAAUGUAGUUCCAAAACUGAGGAACAGCCCCCGAACAACGAAACACAAGAGAAAUUAAACUGUGUUCCUUUAGUUCUCAAAAGUGGUUGGAGACGAAUCUCUCUCUACGGAAUCAUAGUAUUUUUAAUGUGUCUAGUGUUUCUGAACAUAGCACUGACCUUGUGGAUUAUAACCACAUUAAGACUAACAAAGAAUGGCAUCGGCCCUCUCACAAUUGUCAGAGAUGGCAUUCGGCUGGAAGGCAAUGCGUGGGUGACCGAAGAGCUGGUAGCUUCCACAAUAUCUUCCCCGCCGACUCAACCGCUAACCGUACAGGCGCACAGAAACUUCACUAUUCUUGUGUCUGAAGAAAGUCAUAAAGAGCGAUCAAAAUUAAUCAUAAAGAGGGAUAGCGUAGAGUGUGCAGGUCACAUGUUUAAAGUACAGGACGCGAGAGGAGGCAGUGUGUUCCAAGCGUCUAAGGACGAAGUUAGAGUAUUCGCCGAUGCUCUCGUACUUGAGGGCACGGGCGGUGUAUCUGUGCGAAGUGCCCUUCAGACGCCUUUUGUACGCGCGCCUCCGGGUUCUGACCUACAAUUAGAAUCAUUAACAAGGCGUUUGGACCUCCGAGCACCGCAGUCCAUAUACUUGGAGAGUAGAGCCGGCAAUAUCGACAUAACAUCACAUAGCAACAUACAACUAGAUUCUGUUGUCGGGGCAAUAAAAAUCGAUGCUCCUAAUAUCAUCAUAAGCAACUUGAAGGAGGGAAAAGUGACGGAAAAGGCGCAAAAAAGCACAAAAGGCAAGAAAAUAUAUCAAUUGUGCGCUUGCGCGUCCGGAAAGUUAUUUCUUGCAGCGCCCGACCUACUUUGUUCAAUGCACGAUACUGACACAGAACUUUGUCGAUAAUCGUAAUUAGAUUAUAUUUAGAUAGUUUAAAGCAUUCAUUAGUGGCAUC